CCACCCCCCACCACACACAUCAUCAUCACCAGCAUCACCAGCAUCAUCACCACCGCCGCCGCCGUGUUGAUUUAACGCGACGAUGGUAGUCGUACGUCGAGGAGAGAGGCGGAGCGGACGAACCGGCGAAGCUGCCGGCCUGCCCUAGGGCUCGCAGUGUAAACAUCGGCCUCUGUGUGGAGGAGGUUCGUGGAGGACGCUGCUGGGGAGUUGAAGGCAGUUGCCCGCCAACAGGAACGGAGGGCAGAGGAGUGACGCUCUCACCAACGAGCGGCGCACACAGCAAGUUGGCACAGUGAUUCCAAAUGCAUCGUCAGGACAAUGACGUCGAUUACAUGGGAGGACCCGUGGACCUCAGGCCACGGCACGGAGAUCUGCAAGCAACCCCCAUCGGCCCGAUAAAGCCUUGGGCGGAGUUGAAGUUGAGCACCAAGAUAAUCCUGUGCCUCUCAUUGCUCGCGCUCCUCGGCAUGCUCAUCCUCACCAUCGUCAGCAUGGUCAUGCACGUCGACGUUGAGAAGGACAAGAGCGAAGUGACCUUCAGCAUCGUUCAAUGCAUAGGCAUGGUGUUCAGCAUCUACUACGUGUGCCGCGGCAUUCUGCAGGAGAACCUUCAGGAGAUGUUCGUCUUCUCGCUCUCGAUCGCGAUGCUGCUGGCCCGCUCCAUCGCAAACUUCGCCGUGAUGUCCGAGAGGAAUGGCUUCCUGAUAGCUCGGUUCUGCAGCGUCCUGUUAGUUAGCCUGUUACUCAUCACGUGGGCCAUCGUGGUGCUGUGCCGCUCGGGGUCCAUGACGUUCCGCGUGAGCGGUCUCCUGGAGGAGGUGCAGAAGCAGUACGUCAUCUUCAACAUGUGCACGUCGCUCCUGACCUUCGACCUGCAGCUGCAGUGGAUGCUUUCCGUGCUGGUGCUGAGCUCGGGCAUUUACACCAUCGACCUCGUGGAAAAGAUCCUCCUGUCUCUUGGCAUUGUCUGGGCCUUCCUCAAAGUGAUCGCCGGCUUUGUGUCUAUUCUGCGUGAAAUCCCCUGGCUUUUGUUGACCUUCGUCGUAAUGAAUGUGCCCGAGUUGUGCUACGUUGGCUACCUGAUUUACAAGCUGACGCGCCUUUGGAAGUUGGAGGUGUCCUUUCCGUUGCUCAUCGCCACCGUGGUCUGCUCCGCCGCGUCCGUCCUGCUCAAGUGUGCCCUGCUGUGGUACCUGCGCCGUGCGCACGCCAACUUUGGCCGGGGCCUGCGCGACAGAAUCUGGAAUAGACCGAGAGGUGAUGACACGGCGGUCCUUGCUGCUGAGAGCCGCUACCUCUUCUCUUCUUGAACCACCGCCGCUGGCGGCCCGGUGGAGACAUCGCGUCGACGCGCAGCUGUGUGGGCCUUCCAGCAAGUCGCAUCGUUACACAGCAACGUUGUUGCUGUUUUUUUUUUAAAUCACCACUCAAAUCAUGUUAACACUUUUAACUUGAUCAUUUUGUUUCCGGUAAUUUUCGUUUUUUAUUAUACAUGUGAAAAAAUAUAUAUUUGAAAAUUCAUUCGGAACUGUGUAUUGCAUUGACGAUGUUUUUUUUUUUACCGCGCUGAUGUUUUGCGUGCAUCUGUGAAGUAUUUUGUGGAGGAUUCUGCCGCAGCAGGGUCCGUGGUUAGCAAGCUGGACUCGCAAUCAAGAAUAUAUCACCCGUUCAACUUUUAAUAUGUUACCAGGUAAGGCCCACUGAGCUAUAUGGCUCUUUUCCAGAAGCGACUUGCCCACAAUUGAUAGCUCAACGAAGUGUGGCUUAUCACGUGCAAAUUACGCAUGGCUUCAAAUGUGGAGGGAAAAACCGGAGGACCCGGAGAAAAAUCCACGCGACCACGCAAACUCAAACUAUACAGGCGUCUGGGGUCAGGAUCGGACCCACGACCUCUUGCAUACCAGGCGAGGGAGAUAACAUCUCGGCAGGCCGUGUGUGGCAGAGCAAAGCAUGAGUACUGCCAGCUCUUCCAAGAGAGUAGGACUAAAUACCCUCUUGUUGAGGGGACCAGCGGUGGCAUGCGCAAGCAAUUUCAGUGCAGCACCUUUAGCUUUGGCUGUACAAAUGCCGCGACGAAAAUGAUCACCAGGCUGUGCGAGACGGUGGGCCGCCGGGGAAAACUCCACUGAGGGACUAAAACUACUGCUUGUCAAGCCUUUGUGGUUUUUUUUGUAUGUCAAAGCCUUGCAUUGCACGUUAAUCACUGCACAGAUGGCGGUGAUGUGCUCGUGUCCUUUGUGCCUUCGUAAAAAAGUUUGUGUAAUGAAAUCUAAAAAAAAAAUUAGCCAUCUGUAUUAUUCCCUUUGUGCUGUGAAAGAUACACUUUUUAAGAACAAUAAAAUCUCAUUAACACAUCU